UUUCCCUCCCCCUCGCUUUCUCUUUGUCACUAUUUCUAUCUCUGUUGUGACUUUCGAAUAUACUUAUCAAAAAUAUUUUAUUAAUCUACUUUGUGUAUCUACAGUGCAUCUCUGUUUCUAUUACUCUUUUACUCUCUCCUAAUCUAAAUUUCUUCUCUGUUAUAUUAUCAAAUUUUGUUGCCUUUUCACUCUUUCUUCCCUAUCAUCCAGAGGCACAUUAGAAUUUCAAGAACACAAUCAUAACAAUAACAAUAUCAACAGCAACAACAGCAACAACGACAACAACAACAAAAUCAACAGCAACAACGACAACACAGCGAUAACAUCAACAGCAGCAGUAACAGGACAUGACAAGAGUGAUUGUUGAAGUGACGAAGAAAUCGCGAGACUAAAAAACUAAAAAAAGAAAAAAACAAAGAUGGUGCAAUUGAAAGAGUUUACUAUAGAAGAAGUACAGAAGACAAAGGGUACCGGAAAAGUACUAAUAAUUCUACACGACAAGGUCUACGAUGUUACAGAAUUUUUGAACGAACAUCCAGGCGGUGAAGAAAUUCUUAUCGAUCAUGCGGGAAAAGAUGGUACAGAAAAUUUCAAUGACGUCGGCCAUUCUCAAGAUGCUCUUGAUCUAAUGAAUAAAUAUAAGAUAGGCGAACUCAUAGAAUCACAGAGAACUAAUAAGCCUUUAAAAAAAGGUUGGGUCGCCGGUUAUAAUAACAAACAACCAGAAAAGGAAAAAUAUGUUAAGGGACCAGGAGCGCCAUUUUAUACCCUAAUCGCCGCCAUUAUGCUUUUAGCUGCCAUUAUAUUUUACAAUAUGUCAUGAUUAUCGUAAGAUAAAAACGAUAACGAUUAAUUAAUAUCAUUAUCAUAAUCAUCAUUAUCAUUAUCAUUAUUAAUAUUGUGAUUUAGCGUUUCAUGUUUGUAUAAAUAAAAAGAGAAUAAAAUAACAAAAAAAAAAAGAAAAGAAAAAUAAUUUUAGCAUGUUUUAGCAAAGAAUUCUGCAUUGUUGCGAUCGAGAAAAAAUCAUUUUAACACACAUGCACGCGCGAUAUGUAUAUACAUAUACACACACGACAUAUAUAUAUAUAUAUAUAUAUAUAUAUAUAUAUAUAUAUAUAUAUAUAUAAACAUGCAGCUAUUUUAAAAUCGUUUCGUAUCACUUAUAAUCAAUAAUAUACAAACGUAUUAUGUACGUACCUGUAAGUAAAAAAAGGGGUAAUUUACGAUGAAUAUGUCUAAGUAUGAGUUAGUUUUUUUUUCUUUUUUGUUGUGUUCAUAAUUAUUCUUUAAGUGUUUAUAAUGUUUCAAGUCAUUACAAAAUUGACUACUAUAAAUUAGAUACAUGCAUAGGUUGUAAGAAAUAAAUCUAUUAUUAUGAAAAAUGGUGAUUGGACAGUUUUACUGUCUUGUACAGCUAACUGUUGUUGGUAACGAAUACGUUAUUUAUCAUUUCAUCCAUUAAAAUUACAUGAUAGGAUGACUUCUAUCUACCCUCUUUUUCUCUUUGUCAAUCAUCCUUAUGUAUAUGCAUACAUAUAUAUAUAUGUAUGUAUAUAUAUAUAUAUAUGUAUGUAUAUAUAUAUAUAUAUAUGUACGCAUAUAUAUAUACUCAUAUUUAUACUACACAUACAAUAUAAAUGUAGUAAUUCAUUAGAAAUAAAGAGAACAAAAACGAAACGAAGUUGAAAACGUCCAAGAGUUUAAAAAAAAUCUCUUACCAUGAUCGAUGAAAUGACAUAUAACUAAUUUGUGUGUGUAUGUGUGUGUAUAGUGUGAGAGAGAAAGAGAGAGAAAGAGAGAGAGAGAGAGAGAGAGAGAGAGAGAGAGAGAGAGAGAGAGAGGGGAGGAAGGGAGAGCGGGAAAAAUUGGACGUAUGUACGUUAACGAAGACGAACGGUCCCUCGUCGUAGCUAGCCAUGUGUACAAAUUUAACAACCAACAGGGAAUUUCGCGAAGAAAAAUGAAAGAA